UUGUUGGAAAAUUGACACCUACGCCUUAGGCCUCCUACGCACUGGCGACCAUGGUCGCCGCGACCUGGCCGCGGCGGCCAGUGAAUUCUGGACUUUAUAUGGCAAUCGCUAUAGCCCCUACGCACUUAGCGGCCAGCGACCAGCGGCCACCGUUGGCCGCGGCGUCCAAUUUGAUGCCACGCGACCAGCGACCAAUCGUGGCCGUCGAGAACAUCACUUCUGUAUUAAAAUUCAUCAGUGCUACCGCAUCGGCCGCGGCGACCAGACGUGUAGCUAGCUACAGAGUGAUUAUUUUACAAUGGCCAAUUUCGACACGGAAAGGUUCAUAAUUGAAGUUGAAAAUAGAAGAGGUUUAUGGGAUUUAGCAUCAAAUGAUUACUCCAAUAAAGAUGUUAAGCGGCAGUUGUGGCUUGAAGUGGUCGAUAUAUUUGGCGGUGAAUCCAUGGAAGAUAAAGAAAAGGCAGAACUUGGCAUUACUCUCCAAAAAAGAUGGAAAAACCUUAGAGACUGUUUCACAAGAGAGCUGCGCCGUCUUAAAGAUGUCAAAAGUGGUUCUGCUGCAAAACGUAAAUCACAAUACACCUAUUUCAACCAAUUACUGUUUUUGAAAUCAGUGCUGGACACAAACGCAACAGAAAAUAGUCUCGAAGAGGCAAGUCAAGAAAAUGAAAGUGCAAGAUCUUCUGAUCUUGAGACUCAACAGUCUGCAUCAAAGUCGCUUAGAACAAAAAGGAAGAAAAAAAUACCAAACGAAGAAUCCGAUACAGACCCUCUAAUUUCAGUUCUGCAUAAGACCAUAGCGACUACACAGAAUGAUUCAAAUUGUGACAGAUUGUUUCUUUUAUCCCUCCUCGAAAGAUUUCAAACAAUCCCUGCUGCAAUGAAGACCAAAGCGAAAAUGGAAAUCAUGGAAAUUAUAGAAAAAUACCAACCGAACUGUACACCUACAACAGCGCGCAUAAACUAUUCAAGUAAUUUCAAUACUCUUAACGACCAAGAAUAUGACCCGCAUCGACCGAGUUAUUCAGGUUAUUCUACUACCAACAGGAUAUCAGAUGAUUCAAAUUACAGCGAUACUCAUACUCAUUAUUCUGAUAUUUCUCAAAAUUCAGAAAUGAUAGACCUAUUUCCCAAUUUGAAUGAUUAAUUGUUCACAAUUGCCAUUUUUUAAGUUAUGAAAAUACAAAUAAUUUGAUUAUCUA